CGACGAUUGUAAUUGGCCCUGCCGGAAAUAAAUGAAACAUGAAUUAAAUAAUAAAUACAAUCCUGGAUGAGACAUAUAAUUAUCGGGGUGGGGCCCAUCCCCACCCUCGCUUCCGACUACCCUACAGCAGGUUAUUUGUUUUGUUUAGCUGGCUUCCUAAUAUCGUUUCAAUGACGUAUUUUAUCUGGACGUUUCAGAAAGGUGAUAAGAAGUUUAAAUUAGAUACAUUUUGGUAUGUCGAGGUAAGCCUGAACAUGUUUUAUGUCUUUUAAAUACUAUGAUAGUCAUUGCAUAAAAAGAGUAAUAUUUUUAUUAGAAUUUAAUGAAAAAGAUUUUACAGUGAUGAUUUUACAAAAUCUAAAUGCAAGGAUUUUGAUCUUUGCGGUGACAGAAAAAAGUAAAUCAGGGUGCGAUAAUUCGCUAGCUUGUGAUCAUGUCUUCUUUGGUAAAUACGAGCCUUAAUCUGGUCGCUUUCCACCAAUAAUAUAGUUUUACAGUAUCUUUAGUAUCCAAUCAAAAUGUCCCAAGAGGAAUGUCAUAUACUAAACAUAUGAAUAUAUUAUUAUAUAAAUAUUUCAUGAUGUCUAACUAGUAAGACUCCAAUGAAAAGGAAUAAGUAAGUUUAAGUAAUUACUGUAUACAUAUAAGUAUUAAAUGAAAAACCCAGACAGAAAAAAAACAAGGAAAUCAGAGUGGGGGCUGGAAGUAGAGUAAGAAGGGGGACAGCUUGCUUGUUUAAAGAAGGUUUGAAUUUGGAAAUUAAAAGGCUUAAAAUUUCGAGUUAAAAUUUCAUUAGGCUUGACGCAAGAAGAACGAGUUCCGAAGUUAUCAAUAGAAGAUGUGUGCCGUGUGAUAUAUUGUUGCUCUCUUUGCCUGUUAAGGCGGAAAGACCCAUAGGUGUUUCGAUACUCGGAUGUGUACAGUAGAUUAUGCACCUUUUGUCCCACAUAAGUGAGCGUUCAAACUUGGGGUCAUCUUGUAAAAUCUAGCUCUUCCAUUUUCCUGUUGUAGUCAAUUUUGUCCAGUAUGACAACUCCAUCGCCUUUUUUAUGUUGUACAUGGUACAACUGUAGUUUAUCUUAAAGACUACGCCCACCUCGAACCUUAAAAGUUUGUACUAGCUCAAAUAACCUGCAAUAAUCAUUGCAGUACCAGUGAGGUACAACUAAAACUCUUGAUUUAUCCUACCCUGAAUCAAUUACUGUAACUGAGUACUAAAGUAUACUGUUGAUUGUUGAAUUUCAUAUUCCUUGAACCUUAAUUAAUAUCUAUAGUAUACUGUCACACUAAUUUUAUGCUCCUCACCCUGAAUUAAAAGUAUUGUUACAGUUAUGUAAGAGAGGUGUCUAUAUAUAACAACACUACAGUUUCAAUGACCACAAAAAUUGUGCAAAACUCGUUAGGUUAUUGGGGAUCCAAUGUAAUGAAUGACUCCCCCACGCAUGUUCUAAAAAGUAUAAAGGAAUUAUCUUAAAUUUUACUUAGAAUAAUUUUUAUGUGGUUGUCAGCACAAUUUGUAAAUAUUUUUCGUAAGAUAACGACUUUGAAUUCCGUCGAUGUAUAAAUAAAGAUAGGGACCCUAUAAAUAAAAGCGUUGUUGUUUCUAUAGUAGCUUCUAGCCCUCUGCUUUUAUAAAGUUUCUAUAAUUAUUGUUAAUUGUAACGUUUUUGGUGGAGCUAGUAUACAGUAAAUAAAUAUCUAGUUCAAAUAAUUAAUGAAGACUUGUUAAUUUCUUUGUAGGCAUUCGUGAAUCCUCUUCAAGGAAUAUUUAACUAUUUCCUUUACCGUCGCGCAUUUAGAGUAACAGCAACAGACACUCGACCUGAACCCAAUGCCUUACCUCGUGUUAGAGUAACUCCAUCGUUAGAUCAUUAUAGUGGGAGUAGCAAACUACCAUCCAAAAACUCACGAAAUCAGACUUUACAAAGAAUUACUUCUUCAAUGUCAAGUCAUGACGAGGAGUCGCCGCUUAUCAGACCGCGAAAUGAAGCUUCUGGUCCUCAUUAUGUUUAUAUCAGUAAACUGUUAGGAGAAUGAAUUUCGGGUAUUGUUAACUACAGGGAAAGAAGCACCAUUAUGUUCCACUGGGGGAAUAUACAUUCAAUAAGCUAAGUUCGGAGUUGCAACUGUGCGCCAACUGAGUGGGGGAUAAAACAUCACUGUUCUUAUAAAACACGUGGCCAAACACGAAUGAUUUAAAUAGAAAAAAGUUGUCAAAAAACCGAGCCGUUUUUACAACACUCUGCACUCCAAAGUUGGGUUGACCCACUUCAAAUUACAAAAAUUUUCACUUAUAAUAUACACUUUCCUUAUUCAGCCGGCCAUGGGAGAAAAGGUGUAAGAAUUAAUCAAUAUAUAGGAAAACUUUAUUAAACUAAGGUAUGGAUGCAUGGGUGACAGAACAGUUGAACAGUUUGAUACCCAUACUGUAUUUUAAAUCGUCCAAUCUCAGCUAUACUUAAUUGAUGUGAUCCUAAUCCAAGCUCAGAACGUGACAUUUUUAUUCACAGUCAAAACUCUGAACUGACUUAUAAUUUAUUCCGGGAGAGUGAACACCGCGUGUAUUGUUGUAUACAGGGGAUCCAGCAGAGGCACAAUGAAUUGAACAUUCAUGAUAGUUUUAUUCACAAGACUUUGGGAGACGUUAACGUAUAAGGCCAAUGUGCCUAGAAGACCAUACAUACCAGCCUAAUGGUAAUAAUGUUUGACUAGAAUAUUCAAAAAAGAUGAAACUGUUUUUGCUAUAAAUGUUAAAUAUAGCAUAAAUAUCAUAAUGAUAAAUGUAGUUCAUAAUGAUGAAAUUAUCUAUAGUGACGGGUGACGUCAUUCACUGCGAAGGUAUAUAUAUUCACUGCAUGAAGUACGGUAUAUGUGAAUUAGAAUAACC